GUUCAGACGCAAACAAGAUCCAAAGUAGCGUAAGCACAACCACACCUCAUUCUCAUCCAACGGCUCUUAUCCUUCCUCAGCCACCUCUUUCAAUCUCACCCCUUCCUUCCUAUCCCCAGUUCUUUAAUAACCCUUUGUCCUUAUAGUCUUUGCUUCUUCUCUCUUGUUGAAUUCUUAGUUCAACCCCGUUUACUCUCUCUCUCUCUCUGAUUCCGCCAUUCUCGUUUUCCCAAGUGAAUCCCAAUGCCUUCCUCACUCCACCAUUGAGCCACAUUACAUCAAUUUAGACCAUGGACACAAUGUUGGUGCCUCCAUGGCUUGAGCCACUCCUAACCACACCCUUUUUCAAUGUGUGUCGGAUUCACGGGGCUGCCGCUAAGAGCGAGUGUAACAUGUUUUGUCUCGAUUGCAAUGAGGAAGCAUUUUGCUUUUAUUGCCGUUCCUCAAGACACAAGGAUCACCGAGUCAUUCAGAUAAGGCGAUCUUCAUAUCACGAUGUAGUGAGGGUGGCGGAAAUUCAGAAGGUGUUGGACAUUAGUGGAGUUCAGACAUAUGUGAUCAACGGUGCCAGAGUUCUGUUUCUGAAUGAGAGGCCUCCACCAAAAUCUGGAAAAGGAGUAGCUCACAUUUGUGAGAUUUGUGGCAGAAGCCUCUUGGACCCCUUUCGCUUCUGUUCUUUGGGGUGUAAGCUCGUAGGAAUAAAGAGAAAUGGGGAUACAAAGUUUGCUUUGGAGGGUAAAAAUGAGGCAUCAACAAUGGAGGGUAUGUCAAGAAGAUCAAACUCUUCAAGGAAUGAAGAAGAGGAAUUGCGUGAAGGCUCACAACAAGACAUGUACCCGGCCACGCCACCACCACUUGCUGCUUCAAACGCAAGGAGAAGAAAAGGAAUUCCUCAUAGGGCACCUUUUGGCUCAUAAUGAUUAUUUAUUUUUACCUUCAAAAUUGGUGGUACAUACUCAACAUUCAACCCCGUUUACCUUUGAAACAAUUUACCCCUCUUGGGGAAUCUGGUUAGUAUAAUUUUAUUUUUUUCAGUAAAGGGAAAAAGAAAUGGUAGACUUUGGUGGGAGGGUGUCAUUUGUCGAAUGUCCAUGUAGUGGGAAAGGAAAAGAAAGGAAAGGGUAUAUAGGAAAGUUCCUUCUUUUGGGGAUUGGGUCCCAAAACAACAAAUUAUCCCUUGUGGAGAACCAAUAAUGCAUAUUUGUUUAAUAUUUAAUAGUUGCUGAGUGUACAUGUCAUUAAGAAAUUUAAAAGCAUGACUUUGU